UCCCUGCCGGGCGGGCGGGGGCGGUGCCCGUGCGGACGAUGGCGGCGGCGGGCCGGGUCGGGCCCGUGGCGGAGGCUUAGCGGGCGCCGACGGGGCGCCGCUCGGCAUGGCCCGCGCCCCGCUGCUGGUGCUGGUGCUGGCGGCCUGCGCCUGGCUGGGCCCGCGGCCGGCGCGCUGCCAGGAGGCGCCGCAGACCCCCGACUGGCGGAUGACGCUGAAAACCAUCCGCAACGGGGUGCACAAGAUCGACGUGUACCUCAACGCGGCCCUCGACCUGCUGGGCGGCGAGGACGGCCUCUGCCAGUACAAGUGCGGCGACGGAUCAAAGCCCUUUCCUCGCUACGGAUAUAAACCAUCACCACCAAAUGGUUGUGGAUCCCCUCUAUUUGGAGUUCAGUUUGACAUUGGUAUCCCUUCGAUGACAAAGUGCUGCAAUCACCACGACAGAUGCUAUGAUACUUGUGGCAACAAAAAAAAUGAUUGUGAUGAGCAGUUUCAGUCCUGCCUCUCCAAAAUUUGCAGAGAUGUACAGAAAACACUUGGAAUCUCAGAGAGUGUCCAGGCUUGUGAAUCAGCUGUUCAGCUGUUGUUUGAUGCAGUUAUACAUUUAGGAUGUAAACCAUAUCUGGACAGCCAGCGAGCUGCAUGUAUGUGUCGUUACGAGGAUAAAACAGAUCUCUGAAAGAAGAUUCUGAGAUCUCAUGGUGUAGAAGAAAGUCAAAAGACUCAGCUGGAACGAAGCAAGUGUUUGGUUACAAAGCUUUAUGCUUUUCAGACAGUAAUAUAUUAAACACUGACAUUAAUAUACUGGUUUGAAAGUCACUGUGAUAUUCUUCCUCAUGUAAAAAAAUAAACAAGUCUUCCUUCUCUUCUAUGUCCCUUUAUGCCAGAAGCCUGAAAACUAAAAUAAGUUUCCUUUGGUGUAUGUCCACUCAGGGUAUGCUAUUGUAAAACACUAGUGCCAUUUUAAAGUUUUUAAGAAAACUCCAUAAUGAGGAAAUCGGAGGCACAGAAGACUAGUAUUGACUUCUCAGAUGAUUUUUUAAUAUAGGUCAAAUUUUAUGUUUACUAGCAGUCAGUGCAUCCAAUAGAUCCAACAGGAAAGAGCGUUUUGUGUGCGUUAAUAUGGCAUCUUAAACAGUCUGUACUUUCAUGCUUGUGGUAGAAUUGCCUUCAGUUCUCUUUGAUGUAUGCUCCUGUGGGUUUGUUUUUAACAAAAACCAAACCAAAUAAAAAAAAAAACAAACACAAACCAAACAAAAAACUCCAAACCGUCAGCAAGGGUAUACGUCUGCACUACUAUUUCUACCUGGUUCUAAAUCAAUCUUACUUCUGCAGCACUUUCCAGAUCAAAUAUGUUGAUCCUCCUAAGGCCUGACCACUAAAAUGAACAGUUUGCAACCUAAGGAUAUACUUUUGAUUUGACAAAAUGGUGGAAUGUCAUUGCUAUGUUAUUUUAAAAAUUAAUCAAAUGUUUAUUUUUUAAAUAAAACAUUUUGUGAUGUGUAUUAUAUGCUUAGAAAGGAUAUAUUGUUCGAGAUUAUUGAUUUAUAUUUGUCUUGUUGCACAAUUUGGUUACUGUAUUCAUCUUUGCUUUCAUUAGUCCAUUCUGAUGAAAACUAGAGGAAAGUUCCACGGUUGGGUCAGUAUGCCCAACAAACCUUUUUAUUUAAAAUGCCCUCUGUGAGGCAGACAAAUAUCUGAGCCUGUAUUUCAGUCAUCUGUUCUGACUCUGACUUCUCUAGCUGAAACCACCUGAUGUCUGAAUUACUUGGCAUUUGUUCUCUGUACUGAUCUUUCACUGCUUGUCUUCAGUUAUCAGUCCUCAGUUAACUUUUGCCUUAGGUCCUCUGUCAUAAAGAUUUUCAUUUGCUCUCCUGCUGCCCUGAUUCUGCCUUAGAAAUCCACAGGAAGAGGGGACUGAAAAUUAACAUAUUGCAUCUGUGAACAGGGCAUGGCAACCAUGCUAAAAGCCUGAAAUUUACUAGACUCGUGGACUAUACUGUGAUUUCUCUUCUGGAAGUACUUUUAUAUGUUUUUUCUUUACCAGUUGUUUGUGGUAUUUUUGUUCUUUACUAGAGCUUACUGUACAUGACAGUGAAUGUAAGUGCCUCAUAGAAUAAAGUUCCUGCUAAAGUUC